AUGUGGAGAACGUUUCUAUUGUUUGUCGUCGUGAGCGGAGUCUGCGCUAAGAUAGAUGAAGAUGAUCCUAAAGACAUCGGUUCAUUUGAUGACGACUUGGACGAGAGUCUGGAGCACAUAGGAGCCAUGGUCACUCAAGUCUAUCAACACCCGUAUUCUGUUUCCCUGUUACUAAAUAACUCCUACAUCUGCAGUGCCAUUAUAUUGAACAGCUACUGGGUCUUAGUUUUGUCCAAGUGCUUCGAUAACAUAACAUCUGACAUUUUAUCAUCGUAUGUCGCACACAAAAACUUGGGCAACUACACAAUACGCGGUGGCAGCUCAUUCAAUCAUAAGGGAGGAAGCCUGCAUAAGAUAAAAAUGGUCAUAAACAACUUCGAUCAUCAUGUGUCCAUCGCCAAGUUGAUUAAUCCAUUAGAAUACAGUUCUCAAAUUCAGAACGUGAGGCUACCCAGCUCCGAGGAAGACCCUACACUGGGUUUUUUGGCUUCUAUCAUUGCAUGGACGCCUAGUGGGCAUAUGAGGGCAGUAAAUGUUCCAGUUAUAGACCCAUCCAUUUGUGAAAGGAACACGAGAAUGUUGCCUGGACAUUACGUCUGCCUAGGAGGAGUUCAAGAUCCUAACAGACAUUUUUGUAGAAGGGACAAUGGAGGAGCAGUGAUCCAGAACAAAACAUUGAUAGCCGUUGCCUCCUUCAUCAAUACCUGUGCUCUCUACUCAAAAACCCACGCCUUCCCGAAAGUCGCGUCGUUCUCCUCGUGGUUAUCCUCCAUUAUUUGGGAUGAGGAGAGUGAACCAACAACUACAACUGAACCCCACGUGGAAUCUACUGCCACAACCAAGGAACAGCCAAAUGCGACUGAAAAGCCACGCGACGCACCAUUUUACGACCCCAGCAAGUUCAUGCUAACAUUACCUUUCGACCCUAUAAAUGUUCCUCUUGAACCGGCCGAAGAUAACUCUGUUUUGCCAAGAAUGAGUCUCUAUGAGUCUUACUUACAAAGUAUGUCUAAAAGCCGACAAGGAGCCAUGACUGAACCGUCCUCCACAACGGUAAAAGCAAAACAGCUCUCAACGAAGAUUGAUCUCAAAUCAGCACCUUUAGCCAUGCAAGUUUAUAGACAUAUGAUACCAAAGAGAUAUGAUUUUGAUUACAAUUAA